UCUUCAGGUGUUUCUGAUGAACUGUCUUCAGGUGUUUCUGGUGAACUGUCUUCAGGUGUUUCUGAUGAACUGUCUUCAGGUGUUUCUGAUGAACUGUCUUCAGGUGUUUCUGAUGAACUGUCUUCAGGGGUUUCUGAUGAACUGUCUUCAGGUGUUUCUGAUGAACUGUCUUCAGGUGUUUCUGAUGAACUGUCUUCAGGUGUUUCUGAUGAACUGUCUUCAGGUGUUUCUGAUGAACUGUCUUCAGGUGUUUCUGUAGGUGGUGUUGUUGCUGUGUGUU